CAAACCCCCUGCGUGGCUAUAAUAAGAACCAGUACUAAUCAUGUAAUUAUUGUCAGCGUAUUCGGACAUAGGACCUCAGAUCAGACCGUCUAUGUUGAGUCAUACAUUUCACCUUUCUGAUACACGAAGGACUACUGGACCGCUGGAGUGGCCUGGUGUGACUUUUGCAUGAUGCAUGCCUGAUAAGUGGUCACCAUCCAUCUGCUGUUUCUCUAGAGCCCUGUACACUUGAAGUGUCAGCCUUUCUUGCAUGUUGUGUCGUGGGCAGUACCUUCAGCGAUAACCCUGUGAAAUUGUUGUCCAAAAACAUGCACCAGGCGCAGGAGGUGUGUCAGCGAAAGCAUGAACGGCAGCCUGCCGAGUUGAAAGAGGAAAGGAACCAUUCAGAGCAGCUACUCUGUCUGGAGCUGAGGCAACUGCGUGAAGAGGCGGAGCAGAAUCAACAGAAGACUGUCUCAGCGGUGAUAGCCAGACAUGGAUGUCAGAAACAGAGUUGCCUUUACAGACUUUUGCGCUCGCUUGAGAAAGAGUUGAACUACAAACUCAGUGACUCUGUGUCAACUGAGAAGCAGCGCUUCUGCUCUUGUAGUAGAGAAACAUUGGACGCUCUGGAGGACUUGCUGCUCACUUUGUCUGAGAAGAUAAAUGUUGCAGAGGGGGUCAAUAAACUGCGCCCUAAGCAAGAAUUAGAGCUUGAAAAGGCCAUCAUCCAAUGCCACUUGCUGAAAGUCCACAGAAGACUGGAGCAGGAAAGCCAUAGAGCAAGACUCCCCAGUGACUUUGUGGGAAGCGCCUCAGCUCAGACUUGCGAGACGAAACUCACCUACUCAAAAGCGACGAUACAAAGAACCAAGAGGGUCCACAUCUUGUCGAGGAAUAAACUGGACACCUGUCAGAGUGGAUCUCUGAAAAUCUGUCACCCUCAUAACACUCCCCAUGCUGGCUUGGAGUCCUGUGGUCCUCAUGAGCCAUCGCCAUCCAAAUGCACUGACAGAAAUAUGGAGGAAGAUAUGUUUGACCUAUGCACUCGGCCUGAGCAGCCACAGCCUGCAUUAGGGGAUGCAGAGAUGGCGAGCACGGAGGACUCGGAGCUGUUUAAACAAACUCUGCAGGAGUCAAAGGAGCAGACCGAUGACUCCCCCAGACUCCUAGGCAUGGCCCAGUCCAACACAGUCAACAACAACAACAUAACCUCCACGUCAGUGUUAGGGAAGAGGCACCAUUCAGUUUACGCAAAGCUCAAUGGUUUUGACACUGGAGGCAUCCAAAAGAGUGAUGCAGACUAUGGUUUCCUGGUGCGUCAGAACACUGAGCUCCUGCGAGCUCUUGAUGAGCUGGAGAAGACUUGCAAUACGCUGAGGGAGGAAAAUGGCCUGCUGCGGAAGAGCAGCGCCCCAGAGACUGAGGAGAAGGUCAGGCGGCUGCGGAGGAAGAACACAGAGCUGACUGUUCUUGCAAAAAAACUGGAGGAGAGGGCACGAAAGUUGCAAGAGGCAAACCUAAAAGUGGUGAAUUCUCCAUCGCUGAUCAGGCCCCCGUCUGUUGAACAGUACAAGAGGGCAUUUGCUCGACAGCGUGCACGUGACCUCGCCAGGCAUGCUGAUGUUCUGCUGUCCAGAGACAAGGAGAUUGCAGCUCUGCAGCAGGAAUGCAGGGAGCUGGAGGCAAAGCUCGGCACGUCCAAGGGCUCCCAUGUAGUACCUGCAAGUGUGGGAUUCGAGAAGCUUCUCAGGGAAUCUCAGAAAGAAGUGCUGCGGCUCCAAAGACAGCUUUCUGUGUCGUCGUCAACACAGCAGCACAAGCAUGGUCCAAAACAUAUUGAGGGAGUCCAAGAAAAAACGGAUCUGGGUGAAAAGGUUGCUGAAGAAACCCCGAGUGUGACAUUAGAUGAAGCUCCGUCCAGGUGUGAGAAGACUCCCGGAGAGGAGGAGGAGGAGUCGGGGCUGCGAGUGACGCCCCCUACGGGCCUCAGCCCGACCCCCUCCCGUCAGGAGGACCGUUUACAGGAGCAGCAACUAAAAUUUCUGGAAAGUGAGCUGAGCCGAAAGCGAAAAGAAUGUGAAAACCUUGAGCAUGAAGUAACGAAGCGACAGAAAAGAUGUCUGGAUUUGGAGAGCCAGCUUGAGGAUGAGCGGGGCAGAAAUGAGCAAAUAAAAGAGGAGGCAGAUCUCCUCAGGAGGAAGGCACAGCUGCUCGACCAGACUCGGGCUGAGAAUGAGGAGCUGAGGGAGGAUCUCUCUGAAGUGACUGCUCAACACAAGUCAGUUCUCGAGGAGAACCAGAGACUCCGUGCCAAACUGGAGAACCUAGAGCAGGUCCUAAAGCACAUGCGAGAGGUCGCCGAGCGAAGGCAGCAGCUGGAACUGGAACAUGAGCAGGCAUUGGCUAUCCUUAAGUUCAAACAGGAUGAAAUCAAACGUCUACAGCGGGCGCAGUUAUUUGCCAAGAGGGAGCAUGAGGGUGUGGUUCAGAUGCUGGAGAGUACACUGGACUGCAUGCAGUCAAAGGUACGAGACCUGGAGGAGAAAUGUCGCAGCCAGAGUGAACAGUUCGGCUUGUUGUCCCAAGAGUUGGAAAAGUUCCGACUGCAGGCGUCUAAGGUGGACCUGGCUGGCUCUAGCCUCCUUAACAAUCCCAGCCUUUCUGUUCUGACCAAUGGGGUGGGCCUGACUACUGAACGAGUAGACUGCACUGAUGGUACAUGGGACAUGGUGUCUCUGGGUGAAAUAGCCUUCUGGAGUCUAGAGGGUGGUGACGCUCUCUCCUGCCCCGAGGAUGUGGCAGCUGCACUGCGGAUCGGGACAACCCCCCAUGCUGCAGGACUGUCCAGGAUGGAACGGUCUCCUGUCACCAAGCAUCGAGAGCUGCCCACCAUCAGUGUCAGCAAGUCAGGCUCCCCGAGCAAGUCAGAAGCCACUCACCUCUCCCCCAAAUCUGACACCCAUCUCAGUCCUCACAAAUCACCAAGCCCCAUACACGAGGUGGACACUGCUAGUGAAGUAGAUGAGCUUGAUAUUGAUGUGGCCCCUGCACCUUACUCCGCUGUUAGAGGAGCUGCCAAACUACAAGUAUUUAUUGCAAGAUACAGCUAUAAUCCCUACGAUGGCCCCAAUGACAACCCAGAAGUGGAGCUGCCCCUCACAGCUGGAGAGUACAUUUACGUGUAUGGAGACAUGGACGAUGAUGGCUUCUAUGAGGGUGAGUUGAUGGAUGGACGCAGAGGGCUGGUCCCCUCCAACUUUGUAGAGCGUGUGUCUGACGAUGAUAUGAUGAGUACCCAUCACCCAGACACUGGGGACAUUUCCCACAACUCCGUGCUUGAUAGCAGCCUGCACAGUGCCAGUCACCAGCAUCACCUCCACACGGGGGCCGUGGCCCCAGCUGCCUCUGGUCCUUCCCCCGCCCCUUCACUAUCAGCAUCAGCCUUGGCUGUCCCAGCCCCCCUCACCAAUGGCCUGGACUUGGAUUUGGAGGAGGUGGGAGUGGACACCGUGCCUUACCCACGUAAGCUCACCCUCAUCAAACAGCUUGCCAAGAGUAUCAUCAUUGGCUGGGACCCGCCGCUGGUGCCGGCUGGCUGGGGCAACGUGUGGAGCUACAACGUGUACGUGGACCAGGAGCUGCGGCUCAAUGUGCCAUUCGGUGCCCAGACCAAAGCAGUGCUGGAGCGGCUAGACAUAAACCUCAAGGCCUACCGCGUGUCAGUGCAGAGCUUGACGGAGAAAGGCCUCUCAGACCAGCUGCGCUGCAGCAUGCUAGUUGGUCGGGACGUUUGUGUGGCGCCCACGCAGUUACGUGUGGAGAGGAUCGCUGCCACUUCUGCCAACCUAACCUGGCUGCCCAGCAAUAGUAACUAUGUGCACAUUGUGUCCUUGAAUGAGGAGGAGUGUGAGUUGGUGAAGGCUGGCUGCUACUCGCUUUGCCUCAGUAACCUCUUGCCCAGCCAGCACUACACUGUUAAAGUGGAGGCACGGCCACAUCGCACACCGUGGGAGCUACCCGUGGAGAGACGUGAACACAGAAGCAGUACCAUCACUUUUAGCACACUGAUGGCAGUCACAUGCCCACAGUCUGGGAGCACAGGGCCACCUGAUGCCCCUCUGGACGUGCAGCUAGAGCAGGGACCCUCUCCAGGGAUUGCCCUCAUCAGCUGGUUACCGGUCACCAUCGAUGCGGCUGGUACAUCAAACGGAGUCCGUGUGACCGGUUACACAAUUUAUGCCGACAAGAGAAAGGUGCUGGAAGUGUCCUCACCAACAGCCGGAAGUGCUCUGCUUGGUCCAUCUCAGAUCCAGUCUCUGCAGUCAGCUCAGGAGCUCACUGUCCGCACCACAUCUGCCCAUGGAGAGUCCUGCGACUCUAUGCCAGUCAACGUGCCCUCCAAGCUGGCUGCUAUCAUCGCCGGUCCUGCCCCCGUCGUCCCUAUUGUGCCACCUCAGCCCUGCUCUCCUGCAGGCCCCAGUCUCGUCCAUCCAUCGCUGUCGUAUGGGAAAUCUGCUGCCAAAGUCUCCUCGCUGCCAUCGAAUUCUAACAUCCCUGCCCCCACCAUGGAGGCUGCUGCUAACCCUCAUGCUCUCCAUCCUGAAUCUCUACUUCCACCUGCCUCAUAUGUGAAAGCAUGGGCCAACCCUUCAUCUGCUGCUGCCUUUAACAUGUGUGAUGCUAUAUUACCCGGCACAACCACCAUCACUCCAAUGGUUAACGUGAGCCCAGUCUUCACAUCAGCUCCUCAACAGUCUUCCGUGGCAGCACCUUCACAAGUCCCAGCCGUGGCAUCAGCUGUACUUCUAGAGCAGCGCAGAGAUGCAGACAGCCCUGGAACCAUCCGUCCCUUCCCAUCCAUCACAGAGUUCAUUGAGGACCCCUGUGCCAAACUUUCCACUCCAGAGCGAAUCCCCACACCACCCAAAGCACCAGUCGCUGAUCUGAACAACGUUCAGGAGCAUCUGUUUGUCCGUCCCUCCAGCACUUCACCUCAGCAGUCAGAAUUUGGGGAGGUGCCAGAGAGUACUCGUUUAGUGUCAAUUGACGAGUUCUUGAGACAGGACCAAAAUCCAGAUUACCGCGGUUCUCAGCAGAAUUACAGCAACCGACUUGCAGAGCCUCCCAGUGAGUACCUGGCUGACAACAGCCGUUCAGACCUCUCUGACAUCCUGGAAGAAGAGGAGGAAGAGCUCUACUCUGACCCCCAUGGUGACGCUCAGACCCGGACCUAUUUUGUGAGAGCAAACCGGUCUUCCAAAUUUAAUCCCGACGACGGUGAGGAAGAGGUCAUUGAGAGAAUAGUCAAGAUUCCUGCUCAGGUUUCUCACACCAAACAACUGUUCACCGCUGCAGAGGAAGGCUGUGAUCUAGAGGAGCAUUCCCGUCAUCUCAGACAGCACAGUUUGAGGCCCUGUGUGGCUCGAGCCAGAAACAAAGAGGAGCUCCACCAUGUCUCGCAGCCUCACCCACACCAGCCUAAUCCCCACCUGCACAUCCCACCUCAGCAUCACCACUUCAAUAGAGAUCCCAGACCUCUCACCAAAGAGCCUUUAACAAGGCAAGGAUCCUUGCAGGUCAAGCCUAAGAUGCAGCACAGGGUUCACUAUGCAGUCCCAUUAGACAACACGAGUUAUCCCGAAGAUGAAAACACAAAUGUGUAUCAACCCCCAGGCAGUAGACACAACCCAGCCCGGUGUGGUCCCCAACUGACUCCCAGCAAAGACAGAGUACUGCUCAGAGGGCUAGGGGAUCGCCUUAGGAGGGAGGCCAUGCUUCGAAGUCAGAAGGCUGUUGCAACAGCACCCAACUCUGGCCAUGGGCCCGCCCUGCCAAAACCCUACCUUGUCAGUAAAACGGUACGCACUGUCAAGUCGCCAACUGGUCGAGGGUUGGAGAUUGACGUGGAGUACGGCCCCAAUGAUAACGAAGAACCCGUGGAAUGCAGUCAAGGGGAGGUGGUGGUGGAUGAGAUAAGCUCUGAAUGGUGGGUGGAGACUGGACAACUGGAGAGCAGCAAAGCAUCCCAUCGAAGAAGGACGAAGUCUGAGCCAGCGGAGUCCAGCCUAAUGCCUCCGUCUGAAGCUGGUCCAACAUUGACACCCCAUGCAGAGGUCUCCUCCAACCCAUCAUGCUUGCAAACCAAGCAUCCAAAGGGUGUCGAUCCUUCAGCCUUUCGCAUCUUCGUGGCUCUUUUCCCUUACAAUCCUGCCACCAUGUCUCCCAAUCCUGAUGCUGCAGAGGAGGAGCUGCCCUUUUCUGAAGGACAGAUCAUUAAAGUGUAUGGGGAUAAAGAUGCAGAUGGUUUCUACCGCGGAGAGUCCAGAGGCCGCAUGGGCUUUGUCCCAUGCAACAUGGUGUCUGAGAUCCAGGUGGAGGACGAGGAGACUCGGCAGCAGCUUCUGCAGCAGGGCUUUCUAACCACCACUACCUCCUUGGGAAAGAUUGGCACUCGCACACAUGCACAGCUUCCACGUCGUCCCGUACCACCACCGAAACCAAGACGAUCCAAGAAAGUGGAGUCAGCUGCACUCUGGGAGGAGAGUGCAGACUCCUCCAGCGCAGAUCCCAGCCAGUCCAGCGCUCCAGCUGCUGGGAACCCGCCUCCCAAGUCUCGCAGGAUGGUGGCCAUCUUCGACUAUGACCCGCGCGAGAGCUCGCCCAACACAGACAUCGAGGCGGAGCUGACCUUCAGUGCAGGGGACGUCAUACAUGUGUUUGGUGACAUGGAUGAAGACGGCUUCUUCUAUGGCGACCUGAACGGCCAGAGAGGCCUGGUGCCCUCCAACUUCCUGCAGGCCGUCCCAGAAACCGCUCCGGCACCGGAGCACAAGAAGGAAUCUCAGGAAACAAGGACAUGUUCUCCACAACCUCAACCACCCGAGCCCAUGAUACCAGAGGAGGAUUCACGCACCAAGACAGAGCCUCCUGACAAAACCCAACCAGCUACCGCUUCAAACCACUCCACAGAACCAGAUGUGUCUCCAGCUCCGUCGUCCCCCGCCUCUCCUCCAGCGCCCCCUGCAGCCGAGAGCCCAACCCAUCCCGACGUUUCCACACCAGCGAAGAAGAAGAAAAGCUUUUUCUCCAAAGGCAAGAAACUCUUUAGACGACUGGGGGGCAGCAAGAAGGAAUGAGCUGCCACCUCUCUGACUUGGCACUUUCCAGUCAAACCCGCACGUGCGUUCCCGCACCAAGUUGUCAAAGUUAGCACCUGCGCAUGCCGGACUGCAUGCUGAGUCAUCAAAACCCUGCGGACGCUGUAUGAUCCAAGUGCAAGUUCGACUGUAGUACUCAAGAGUUCCGCAGAUUUACACCAUUCGUAUUUAUACUCGCUCACUGGUGCCACUUUAUACUGACCCGCCUGCGCUCACAUCACCAGUCCCUCUUUCUUCUUUAUGGAUUGAUUUUAAGGGGCCACAGCCACAAAUUCACACUAACAUAAUAUAAAUAUUUCUAAUGGGAAAGUUGCUGGUUCAAUUCCAGCGUCGUUCUUCCUGUGUCCAAUGAGAAGGCCUGACAAAAAGGCACCCGUCACGUGACACGCUAAUGUGGGCGCAGCCGGGUGGGAGCAGCUGUCCGUUCCUCCAUGUGGCUGUAAAAAAUUGCACUAUCCAUCUGGAAUGGAUUAAUUUUCGUUUUCAGUCUGCGCCACUUUGCACUGUUCAUGCGAUUCACUGGUGGUGAGGAGACGGCGGAGCGAGGACAACUGAGGCCUUCUUUUUAAAACCCUGGAACUCUUGAUGAGUCACGACCCACCGCUGAGUUAGGGGUCGUGACGGUGGCACGGGUGAGACAGAGACCCCCCCAGGCACACCUCCACUCACCCCCCGCCCCCUUGCUCUCCACUAAAAUGUUGUGUUUGUGUGUAGCAUAGAAUGGCUGCUGGAGGUUUGCUGGCUGUGAAGGGUUCUGCAAUAAGUGUGUGUGAUGUGUGUGUCUGAAGUGAAAUAGGUUUAUCAGUCCAUCUGGUGAUCAGAUCCUGCAGAGUUCAGUCUUUCGGUCCGGGCCUUUACGUUCGGCGGUGACACUGUUAAGCCCUCAGUGUAGCAGGAGUUCACACAAGACACACGAUGCUCUAAGGUGGACCAGGGUCACAUGAGUCACAGGGUGACAGUGAGCUGAGAGAAAAGUUCCACACGGUUUCUGCUGGGUUCUUUUCACAGUGUGACUCUUUCUGAAUUAAAUAUAGUUCAUUUUCAAUGGAGCAAUUUGAAGCCUUCGAAAUUCAUCUUUAUUUUCUGUUCUUUUUUUUAUUUGAAUCCCCUUUUUUAACUUAACUUUUACUUGAAAAAAGCUUUCAUUUUAUUGAACUUAUCCAAAGUAUAUAUUGAGUUUUCUUGUAAAAGAAAUAAUUUAUUUUUCUGAGAUUAUUUUGAUUGUUUCUUUAAUUUUCACUACAAUUUUUUCCCCUAUUUUUUCAUAUACAUUUCUGCUUAUAUUUAAAGUUUUAUAUUGAUGACCUAAGAAUAAUAUAAUAAUAACAUUUCAGCUUUCUGUUCAGCUAUUUUAACAGGGCGAGCGUCUCUAAUGUGUAAUUUUUUCCCACGUACAUAUUAACCAUUAAAAGCAAUUGAUACUUGUUUACUUAUUUAUUUUUUUCGUUAUUUUUUUUUACCUAGUCAAAAGCAUAUUUUAAUCUUUUUUUUUCUUUUUACAGAAAUCUUAUUCUCAUAUUUUGGAUCCUAUUCAAUUAAUAAUAAAUAAUAAUAAUAAAAUGCUGUUUAGGAUUUAGAUUCAGAUUAUGAACAGUAUUUCUUUCCCUUCACAAUUGAUGUUGACGUCCUAUAAACAAGUAUUAUUUUAACAACAUAUAUAACAACACUGUUUUAAUGUUAUUUUAGCAACACUAAAUAAUAAUAUUCAAAAAGUGAAAACCAAACUGAUUCUGCAACGAUGCAUGUGGAUGCACUCGAAAUGAAUUUGCUUCACCAGUGUUUUACUCUUGUCAUCAUGUUUACAAACCAAAUUCAAAACCCACUGAAUGUUUAUAUUUGCUGCAGAUUAGUCUUCCUUGAGCAAAACCAUGUCAACAGUUACAGCUUUAUAUUCAUACUUUUUACAGUUGUUUUUUAACUCGCACACAGGGGGCGCUGUCGUGCUGGUUUCCCGUGUGUGUGAUUCACUGAGGCCCAAAAAAAUGGCAUUUGAAGUUCAAUGACUGACACAUUGAUGUGAUUAAAUUCACCCACGUUACCCGACUGACUUCACUUUAAGAAUGAAUAGGCUUUUCCUGUUUUGCACGUCAACAUUUGCCGCCAUUGUGUGUGGCGACGUUGAUUCUCUCGUGACUUUCUGACUAGGUAGCUGUUCUGUAGUGGUCAUCCGUGCUAGCAACUGUCUGUCGUUGACUAGCGCUCACUCUGAAGUGGGCGCCGCUUGACAGCACCACUCAACGGCUCCGCCCACUUCCGGCUUGGCGACCAUCGUGUAGGUUGAUUGUUACUUUUAGCCUUACAAGACCUUGUUUAGUCUUAAUCUGGUGUUUACAGGAUGAUGGUCGACUGCAUGUCGUACCCAGUUUGGCCUUAUUUAUUUCACUCGAUAGGAUUUAAUGCAGUGGAGCGAAGUGUGAGUGAGUGAGCGAGUGUGAUGUGACACUUGGGGACUGUGCUAUAUUUUCAUACAUUGUCUCUCCUGACCUGCUUUCAUUGAACCAGACAAACAUUUUUUUUUUUUUUUUAUACUCGCACUGAAUGUUAUUAUGUGUGGUUUUGCAUGUUGAAGGCGUGUGGGUGGAGGCGUUGCUACGCGAAGGACUGGACAUUGUCACACGUUUUUACGAUAAUAAAAUGUUUAUUUUCACAGAAAAAGAUGAACAGUCUUUAUUUCACAAUAAGUUGGUGAACAGUCGGAGCAGCUGAGUCCGGAGCCGCACUCCGCCCAUGUGCAAUGAGAGGAAACACUGUGGACGUGUGCGGCUCCGCGAGACAAAGCCGC